AUGGAGGGAUCUUGCGGCCUGUGCGGCGCGCCGUGCGAGAAGAAGUGCGCCAACUGCCGCGGCGUCUUUUACUGCAGCGUGAAGCACCAGCGCGAGCACUGGAGGAGCCACAAGAAGUCCUGCCCGGCCUUCAGCGUGUGCAGAGAUGACAAGGUUGGGCGCUUCCUCGUGGCCAGUCGGAAUCUCAAGUUUGGCGAUGUGAUCCUGAAAGAGGCGCCGCUCGUCACUGGUCCGUCGCAAUUCACGGCGCCUGUUUGUCUGGGGUGUCUUCAAGAGAUCCAUGAGAACACCGCUACAAAGUGCUCCAGAUGCGGCUGGCCAAUGUGUAGCCAGGAGUGCCAGGAAGCUGAAACGCACGCGGAGGAGUGCAGAAUCUCCGCCGCUCGGGGAGGCAUCACAAUCGAGCACUUCAUCUGCCCUCAUCCCAUCUACCAGUGUGUCCUGACGCUGCGCUGUCUCCUCACGGAGCGCUCCUGUCCGGACAAAUGGCAGCAGCUGAGCCAGCUGGAGAGUCACAGCACCAGCCGCAAGGACUCCCUGCAGUGGCUCAGCGAUCGCGAGCACGUGGCCAAGUUCAUCCCCAGGUUCUUCAAGGAGCAGCGCUGGACAGAGGAUGAGAUCCUGCGCGUUCUCGGCAUCGUGUACAUCAAUGGUCACGAGGUGCCACUCACGGAGCCCGCGUACGUGGCGAUCUAUGCCACAGCGUCACUCUUCGAGCACUCCUGUUUGGCCAAUGUGGCGAAGAGCUUCACGGACGCCGGCGAGAUUGUCUUCUGGGCCGCCCAGGACAUUCGCAAGGGGGAUCGGCUCAGCAUCUGCUACACGGACGCUCUGUGGGGCACGCAGCAGCGCCAGGAACAUCUUAGCCAGACCAAGAUGUUCACCUGCAGCUGUCCAAGAUGCCUGGACGUCACUGAGUUGGGCAGCAACUUCAGUGCUCUCAACUGUGAAACUCCUUGCGCAGGAUUACUUCUCGCGAAGGAUUCAAAUUGGCACUGCCAGGUGUGUUCUAGGACUGUGCCGAAAGCCGAUGUGGAGAGUCUGUUGGAGAAGGCUGCCCAGGAUGCGAGUAAGAUGAAGAGCAGUGUGCAAGGAUGUCUGGACUUCAUCAGGAUGCAUGAGAAGUCUUUACCGCCCAAUCACUUCAUCAUGAUUGACGUGAAGUGCGUGCUGGCGCAGAAAAUCGGCGAAGGACAUCCUCAGGAGCUGCAGAAGGCGCCCGAUGAGUUGCUGGAGAUGAAGGCGAGACUCUGCCGAGAGAUUCUAGACCUGAUUGCCUUGCUUGCGCCUGCAGAAAAUCGCUCUCAUGGCUGCAUGCACUUCGAAUUGCACGCCGCGCUGGCCGAGAUUGCGCGCCGAGGCGUCGAGAACGGUCUCAACUGUCAGGACUUGCUGGACAAAUCCCUCUGGCAUGCCGAGCAGGCCGCUCGCUGGCUCUCCCAGGAGCCCUCAGUCCUCGUGGAGGGCAAAAUCUGCGCCCAGGCGCGCAUCAACGUGGACACAUUGAGAGUAGUGCUGCAGAAUGGCUUAACAAAGUGA